AUGAAAACAAGACAACAACAUACAAAACAAAAAGAAAAUAAAGAAAACAUAGACAUUUCGAACGAAAUAUCAGAAUGUAUAUCAGAAUCCCUAUCUCAAAACCAAAAACAAAACAUAUCAACUGACGUAACAUCAACGCAAAUAAAAGAUUUUUUACAGACAAAACAUCAUAUAAACAACGAAGAUCUUAAUUUUAUGGUUAAAAAUUUUAUACGACUUGCUCUUGCUUUUGAACAUACCAGAACACCUAUAAAAAGAGAAGAUAUUACAAAAAAAAUUCUUUUACCAUCAUAUCCACGCUCUUUUACUCUAGUAUUUGAAAAAACACAAGAAAAACUUAGAAAUAUUUUUGGCAUGGAACUUGUAGAAUUACCGUAUAAAAACCACAACAAAUACAUGUCAACAUCUCAAUUACAUAAAAACAAAAACCUUCAUGCAAAAAAUCUCUCUUCUGUCACACAGUCAAGUAAAAGCUGGAUAUUGUGUAAUGUUUUAGAUCCUAAAUAUUCAGAACUAGUUUUUCAAAUCCCAACAAUCAAAGAAGGCACAUUUUCUGGAAUAGUUAUGAUAAUACUAAGUAUCAUUGUUAUGAAUAAUGGCAUAGUUUCAGAAGAACUUCUUAUAAAAUAUUUGUCACAUUUACAGAUGAAUGAUGACACACCUAUUGGAAAUCUUGAUAAAAUUUUAAAAGAAAUGGUAAAAAAAGGAUACUUAGAUAAAAUAAAAGACGACUUUGCAUCUACAAAUGAAAAAGGUUGUAUUUAUUUUUUAGGGCCGCGAGGAAAAAUUGAAAUUGACCCAAAAAGAUUAACAAAUUUCAUUGAAAAGAUACAAGGAGAUACUGCUCCUCAUAAUUUGAAGGAGAUAGUAGAAAAAUUAUUUAAUAAAAGCGUAUCUAAUGAACCCUAA